UUUUGAAAUAAUAAUUUAGGUAGAAAAUGUCUGUUUACCAUAUAAUAAUCGCUAAAAUAGUAACCAAUCCCAAGCUUGGGAGCCCGUUUGUUGUAUUUGACCUAUGCUGUGAUGAAAGCAAGGUGCCUCAGAAGCUCCAGAAAGACCUGAAGAACCAAUCGGGAAUGAAAAGAGAUGUUAAGGAAUUCUUGUCAGAUGCUGACCCAGAUAGCUUCAUACAGAAGGAUUUCGUUGCUGAAGGGCUGCUUAAAACUGUAUUUAUCAAACCAAAUAAGCAGAAUAUGAACCUUGAUGAUCCAGAUUAUGUCCUGUACUUCGGCUGAAUCACUGAUCUAGCAAUCAACGAGUCUAAGGUUGGAAGAUUCCUGAAAGAUAUGUCUAGAGUCGUAGUUGACAACUACGUUACGGAGGAGUUCUCAAAAUAAUACAGAUAUUAGCGCAGAAUUUGCUAAUGUGUGCUGGCAAACUAUUGAUAACCACAACUUGGCACCGUACAAUUCCGUCACAGGGGAGGGAGGCCCUGUGGUAGACUUCACACGUGUCCGCCUUGGGAACAAAAAGUUGAAAAAUCUUAAAGAAACCCUCCUGACGAGUGUAAACAUAAUGGCUUCGAAUGUAGAGUCUGCUGAGAAGCUCCAUUCAGGCGCUGAGGACCUGAAACAAGGAGCUUAUAAAUUUAAGAAGCAAGCCAAGGAAGCUGAAACUAUUGCGAAGCGAAGAAGCCAUUGGUGGUGAAGCAAACAAGUAGUCUACUGGGGAGGCUUCAUUGUGAUCCUCACUCUUUUAGGGGUCAUCUGGUUCAUGCUUUAAGGAUCAAGCGAGAUCUUGAGAAAGAAGCAGGGAAUAUAAAAAUUAUUCAAUUUUGU